AGAUCUCUUCAUCAAUGUCGUCAUAUCACAAUAAGUUUCGAAAGAAAGAAAAAUUUCCAAACUUUCUGGCGCAUGCGUCGAUUUUCGGGAAACGUUGGGAAAGUUGACACUUUCCCUGCUCAGUUUUCCACUUGCAUCAGCGCGCGGAGGGCUUUUCCGACCCGCUUUCCAGCCCGAAAACACGUGGUCUGUACGAUAGGUCGUGUCGGUGAAAAUGACUGUUGAGAUAAUUCAUCGCGAUAAUAAAGGUUUUCCCAUAGUGUCUUAUAUUUCAUUCUGUAACAAUGACUCUUGAAGUGGAGUGAGAUGUGAGAUAAUGUGUGGUGGAAAACAAUCUAUGAGCAUUUCCUUAUUUUUCUUUAUGGGUGCACUAGUGAUUGCUACGAGUGUAAAGAUAAAUAAACUUCAAGUGCCUGAAGUGAUAAAAUAUGGCGCUCCUGUAGUGCUGGACUGUGAUUUUACAUUAGAAGAGACUGAUCAAGAUUUGGUAGUUAAAUGGUAUUUCAACAGAAACAACAGAUCCCUAGUAUAUCAAUGGAUACCAGCAUCUCAAAACAGGCCCCAAGUAUUGGGCGUCCUGAAAGACCAUCUGAAUAUGGAAUAUGCCACAGGUUUAGAUGCUUACAGCAAGCAACGAGCUUUACAUAUCCUCGAUGCUGGUCCAGAUCUGUCAGGAGAUUAUACAUGCUCGGUGUCAACAAUGCAGAGCGAAGAUAUUCGUACAAAGAGCAUGCUUGUAUUUGUGCCAGAAAGGAGUCUAAUGGUACGUCGAAUGAGUGCUGGUCAAGGCAAGAUCAGGGUGCAAUGUUUAGCGGAAGGAGUUUACCCGAAUCCAAUAGUGAUGCUAUAUUCAUUAGAGAGGGAUAUAGGUCCCGCUGCAGUGACGUCCAGACAGAGAGGGGAGCUUUACGAUGUUUCAGCUACUGCAACGCUCGACGAGUUGCAAGAACCGGAAGAGUUCGCUUGCGAUCUAACAAUACCUCAGGCCAAUUAUUCUGUCAGAAGGGAAACUGUUAUCUAUCCCGGUAACAAUGGGACGCAUCUUGGUAACGCUAAAUGGAUCAUCGUUGCAGCCUUCACGUGGCUAUUUCUCUACCGGACUUCUAGCUGACUGUACCGGAGUGAGUGAACGUGUUACAGUUUUGUUUUCGGGACUGUACCUGGUUCGAAUAGUUUCCAGAUCGAGAAAAUUAGGGUUAGUCGGGAAUCGGCACAUCCGACAAAUCGAAUUACAUUAGAAAACUUUCAAUUCCUCGCGCUUAACGAACUGAGAUCGAUUAUUGUUUACCUUUUUGCUGUGAUUGGAAUUGCUGAGAUCAGUUCAGAUUUUUUUUUGGAUUUGUUAUAAAUUUCUAUUACGAAGAGGUCGAAGCAAGAGUUGUUUUGGACCGGGUAAUUUUUUUUAAGUUGAAUCAGUUGAAAAUCUCGAGAAGGAAAAAUGUUUCUAAUGAAAGCUCGAUGGUUGCGAGAGAGAUGUUCACUUAUGCUAUAACCUCUUUCUUCAACCUUGUGAGAGGAAGGGGUCAACUUUGGAACAUUAAGUGGGAACCUCCGUUGUUAAUUGCAGAUCCGCAUUCUACGGAAAAUGAUACAAAAGUCUUGUAAAAUCAGUUUUCCACGAUUCGUCUCAGAUGGCUUUGUAAUCGAAUUUGAAUCUUACGUCUCAAUGACCUCCAAUUGUUGAAACGAUAGAAAACGUUCUGCGCAUAAAUGUUCAAGAUUUGACAGAGAUUUUUAUUAAAUUUCUGAUAAAAGAGAUGCAUUUUUUUUGUCUUUUUUGUUCUCAGACGUAAAAUUUAAAUUCGAUAACAGAGCCAUCAUGAAAAAAAAUUUCGGAUGAAACUUCUGUAUUUUCUGCCGUAGUAUACGUAUCUGCAAUAAAAACAAGGUUUCCUAUUCGAAAUUUUAAACUUGAACCCCGUCGCCCAGAAAGGCAAAGUGAAUGGAAUAGGUCAUAAGUAUAGGCUUCCCCCUCGAAACCAUCAUUUAUUCGAUAUAUUUUUCUGUAGCCUGUUUGCUUUUUCGAAAAUUUUGACUAAUUCAACGUAAAAGAAUCACCCUGUAUAUACACACCGGCAAAAUUAGGAACGGACAAAAUCUCAACGAAGUUUUAAGUUAAUUUUCUCUUGAAACCUUUGACCGAUUUUAUCAAUUAUUUUUUUUUGAAAUAUAGCUUAAUUCCUCGGAAACAUCUUAAGAAGUCUUUCUCAUUUUUUUUUGGUUUUAUACAGGGGUGAAUGAAAAAAAUUUAAAGCAACGUUUAAUUCAGAACACUCUGUGAAGUGAUUCGUUAAUAGACGAGAAUGUUUUCGAAUACCUACCUUCUCAGAUGUAACCUAAUAUUUUCUGACAUUUUUUUCCAACAUAUUCCGAUAUCCUAAUUUUGAGAGAAAUCACAGUACUCCAUAUGGUACUGUUCUUGAACGAAAAAUUAAAAUUUUGAAUCGCAAAGCUUUUCAAGUUAAUUUCAAUUGAUGCACCGAACCAAAAGCAUACAUGAAUUUAAUGAAUUAUUUGAUUGUAUUGAUUAAUUCAGAUAUCAUUUUUUGAACAGAAACAUUAAUGCAAUGAACAAUCGUUCAUCAUAUUGAUGAGUUGUUUUCAUUGAAUCAAGGAACAACUUCCAAUAAACCAAUAAAAUGUUUAUUUUUACAAUGUUUAGUUCACUAUGUAGGUAUAACUGUUCAUUGGAGUUGUUCAAAGUAGUUUAUGCUCGACUUGAUACAGGAUGUCUCAAAUUCGAUGUUCAUUGAAAGCUACAAUCUGUCGUUGGAUUGAACCUCGUUUAAAACAUAUUAAACUUUUGAAAACGAAACAGACGAGAUAUCAGGCGGAAUGAACUAAUUUAAAAAAAAGGUGGGACACUAGAAAAUUCAAAUUUGAAUAUCUCGAAGAUAAAUGUAUUAAAUAAAAACAAUUACUAUGCUGAACUCAGGAUAGAAACACUUUUGAAAUGAGGUUUAAUUGACCACAUCUUUCCAAUCCAAAAUUUAGUGGUUGGUGUUCUAACGCUAAGGGUCUUGAAAGUUGUCCUUCUCGAAUCAAAAAUUGAUGUGACCGAGUAUUUUUUUGAAAUGAAUUCAUUAUCUCGUCUGUUCUGUUUUCAGAAGCCCAUCUUGUAUUUAGGUUCUUCAAUGAUUUUGAGUGCACAUCGAUCUCAGUUGGAGAAUAUAAUUCCUUAUAGUGCCAAAUUCUGAAUGUACUUGUGUUCACACGAAAGGCGAAACUUUUUGAACCAGACGUUAUAUGGAGUAGACUGAAAAUGACAAUUUUUUUUACCUAAAAUACGUAAAUGGUGUUUCCAUGUAUUCUUUUCAUGUAAAUAGUUCAAUUGAAGAAGUUGGCUGAACAAAUUCUUGAGAGGUUGAGUUCUUUCAUUAAUUCCAUUCGACAUCUCAUUAACGAAAUAUUAACAAAAAUCUUCUGAAAAAUGAUUUUUUUCUUAAACGUUCAAUAACAACGUCAUAUUUCGACUGACAAGAUCAUUGAAAAGUACUACUUUUCCUCCACCGAAGAGAAAAGUGUUUUCAUGUCAACGUUGAAUUACUUUUCCUCUGUCGGAGGGAAAAGUGUUGCCUAGCAAUGAUAACUAUCGACUAUUAUACUUCAUGUCUGUCAAAAUAAAUUAAGCAUAACAACCGUAAGUAGGCAUAUUUUCUAUUGAUCCAUCAAUUACAACUACCGUUAAUAUAAAUUUUAUUUAAAGUUGGAUAUCCAGCUUUUUAUGAAUUCCAAAACGUUUGAAAAAAAAAAACAUAUUUCAUUCGGAGGAGAAGUGACUUUUACGACUCGUCUUCAUUUAUCGCCUCAUUACCUUAUAUGUGGGUAAACACAGUCUCGUCAUGAAAAGUGACACUUCUGCUUAUGAAAUAAUUCACUAAUAUGUGAAUAUAGAUGAAUAAAAUCAUAAAUUUUCAUCACUAAACAUGAAAUUUCAAAUGUAAUGCUAAAAAUGAUGAGAAUUAUUAAUUUCAUACUCAGAACAUCGAUUAUCAAAUGUACACAUUUUAUAAUGUUCAGCUAAUUUCUGACAUCUCAGAAAUAAUUCUUGAUUGCUGAAAAUUCAAUGUGGUAUAGGACCUCUAAAACGAAAAUAUUAGAGCUUCAACUUGUGAGUAAAUGAAUGUUUAUUCUAUUUGUGAUCAGAUUUAUUCUAUUGAUGUUGAAAGAAGAAGAUUCCUUAGCAUGAUUUCAUUUGAAAUUGUAAAUAUGGUCUUAAUAAAUGAUGUUUCAAUAAAUAAAAGCAUUUUCGU